AUGUCGUUCCUACGGUCAGCUGGUGAUAUCAUUGGAUUUCUGUUAUUGUCAUUGGUUACGAUUAUUGAAUCAAUGUUCAAAGCGUUUAUUCCCAAAAGGUAUAAAAUGAAAAGUGUCGCGGGUGAUAUUGCCCUUGUUACUGGUGGUGGCGGAGGACUUGGAAGGCUUCUUUCGCUAAGACUCGCUAAUUUAGGUGCUACGGUCGUCGUCUGGGAUAUCAAUGAAAAUGGAAUUGAUGAAACAGUUAAAUUAGUACGCGCUGCUGGUGGAACGUGCUAUGGAUACGUUUGUAAUCUUUGUAAUCGUGAGGACGUGUAUAAAAAAGCUGAAAUUCUUAAAUCCGAAGUUGGACAGGUAUCAAUAUUAAUCAACAAUGCUGGCAUUGCUACGGGUAAAAAAUUUAUGGAUACACCUGACGAACUUAUCAGCAAGACUAUGGAAGUAAAUACGAUGGCACAUUUUUGGACGGUGAAGGCGUUUCUUCCGGCAAUGAUGGAGAAAAAUAAGGGACACAUUGUCAGCAUUGCUAGUCUUGCUGGUCACAUUGGAGUUCCUAAGCUUGUAGAUUAUUGCGCUUCUAAAUUCGCUGCUGUCGGAUUUGACGAAGCUCUUAGAAUGGAACUUGAGGCUGAUGGGUACAACAAAAUUUACACAACGGUAAUUUGUCCGUAUUUCAUUCGUGCGACGGGUAUGUUUGAAGAUGUAGUAUCAAGGUAUAAUAUUGAAUUCAGAUUUUUACUGCCCUUGAGCCCAAAUGUGGUUGCCGAUCGUGUCAUAACUGCAAUAAGAUGUAACGAAAAAUUCGCCAUUCUACCAGGGUACUUUCAAGGUCUUCUUGCAGCUAAAUGGAUAUUUCCAUGGAGUUGCGUAGCGAUGUUUCUGCGUGGGCUAGUAAGAGACGCGUCACCAGAACACGAUCAACCAAAGAAAGCAACAGAUAAUAACCACCAGGAGUUUGAACCAUCGAAAGAUCCAAACGGUGUACUUCAUCAGCAGCUUGCAAGACGUGUAUCAAGUUCUGAGAGAAAACCAUAA